UCUGAUUGGUCAGUCAAAAGUGUGAAUCUCCAUUCCGGUGGUCGCCCAAAGAAAAGUACUGCGAAGUGACUCGCGCGUGGACAGACAUGGAUAUUGUGUUACUGGUCUGUGUUUUCACCAUCCUCCCAGGGGCUUUCCCGGCUCACCUUUCCAGAAAUGUCGCUCCGUCAGACAGACGAUCUCUUCGCCAGUCAACUGGAACAUCACUUCCACGUCGGGGAGGUUCAUCCAACAGCCGAGUCCCCAUCAUUACCUCAGCGGAACUGCGUGCAAUCUACAGAGCGCGAAAAAUAAGAAGACAGCAGCAGUUACAAGAGCAACAGAGACGAAUCGCCCAAAUGUCAAAGAUACAAAACAAUGCUGCAACCCAACAAAACCUGUUAUCCCAGCUUCUUACACAGCAGCAGCAGCAACAAACACCCCUUCAGCAACACCCACAGCUCCAGCAACAGCAACAAAUACCAAUUUCCAAUGAUAUGCUGCGAAACUUGUUGUUGGCAGCUUUCCUUGGGAACGAAAUAAAUACAGCAACAAAUACAGCACAGGUACAAACUCCAAAACAAUCACCGCCAACAGCAACAAAGGGUGCAGCUAACGCAGCAAAGACACAAAAUGCCAACAACAACCCAGUGGUUAUAGAAACAAACGGAAGUAUUCAGCUUUCAGAAGUCAAAAAAGCAAAUGGACAAACACAUAUAGUGAUUGACGCCUCCAGUAUGGGACUAAAUCCGCUGGCCGCAACCCUAAAACCCGGCGAAGAUCCCCCGGAACCAGAAAUCAAGUUGCCUUUUGGUCACAGGAAGUGACGUUGGAAUUCGAGUCUUUGAGCUUUGCAAAAAGAUUCUCAUUUUCGGUAAUUGUUGGGAAAAUGAGCGCAGAUCUCUGGCGAAUUUGUCACAGGGUUGAGUGGCGGACCUGUCUUCCCAUAUUUAACCGUACGUCAGCUCUGUGUCACCAUAUGCUGAUUUUUU